AUGGAGAAUUUUCAUAUGGGGAUAAUCCAGCACCGCGGCAAACCAAAGGACCCAUCGGUAAAUGCCAUUGCAAGCACCCGAUGGGGACGUCCAGGGGAACCACACGGCGAGAAGCAGCUGAAGGGCAUUGCACUUUAUGAUAAGUUUCAUGAGCGUACUCAUGACCAGCGAGUCGGGACACUCAUUCAUGAAGCAUCUCACGCCGUUGGAGGAACAAGGGACUAUUUUACCCCGGACAAGUCAGGCAAGAUGAGGGCAAUUAGCGGGAAGGAGACCGCUAAGCUUGGGCCGGGACCUGGAAAGCUCUGUGGCUACCUUGGCAAGAAUUUCGAAGAACUCAGGGACAAAGCGUCCAGUGUUAUGCAUCUAAAUGCGGACUCGUACAAAUUGUUCGCCUACACGAUCCACCACGGCACUAUUACUACGAAAAUCCCGGCUAAGCCUCAAGCACCCCCGGCGGGCCCUUCAGUACCCGCUCCAUCGCGCACACCCAGUGACCGCCCCAGCACGGCUUCGGACCCCAUCGCAUUCGGGGACAAUACCAAGCAGCCCAAGACUACGUUCAGGUAG